AUGCCUUACCCUCUCGAUACGCACGUCCUGACAGUGGACACCAAUGUCAUCAACAAGGUCGAUACCUCAAAUCCUCAGAACCUCUACAGCAUGUGGACUGUCUUUGCCAAGUGCGCAGAGUCUGUUGAACAGGGCCGCAGGUUAGAAAACCUCAGCUGGCGAUUGUGGAACCGUGAAACGUUCUGCUGCACCGAGGAGGAACAAGCCUCCAUCACCGCCACCAGCCUGCCCAGAGAGAUUCCCCAAGCCAGCAGAAUACAAGAUAUUCCUCAACUGUCCGGCAGUGUCGAGUCAGAAAACGACGACGAGGCAGUCGACUUCACUUCAUUGUCCGCACCCCUCGAGAUCCGCCCCAGAAUCCAAAGACAGGACUCUUGCGCGAGCAACCGCAGCCGUGGCAAGGAACGCCACAUCACUUCCGGCGACUUCGAGAAGAUGGUCGUCUCCAUUAUCAAGGAGAACGAGCCCUUGUCUGCACCUCUUCCGCAAAUGGCCUCCCCUUACAUGCCUCCUAUGAAGGAGACUCCCGACCUGGCCCCUGCCUCCCCCGUCUACGAGCACUCUGGAUCUACCACAACCGAGUCGCCUUGCAAGUCAUCGGAAGAAGAGCACUCCCAAGAGCCGACCUCACCCGAAAUCACCUCUCGCACCACCGUCGUCCGCGGCUUCUCUCCAUCACAGAUCCCCAGAGCCAUCCCUGCCUCUCCCAAGGUUAUUUCUCCCGCCGCCAUUCCCGAGCCGAGGUCAUCACCUGCAGCCAAGCCCAUCCUGUCCAAGAAGCAGCCCAUGUUCUCCAUUGGCGAGUCUUGCUCCUCGAGUGAACAAGGCCACAGCAUCGAGAACCUCAGACCCAUUCCCGCUCCUGUCCAGAAGCGCAAGAUGUUCCAGGUCGGCGGCUCCUCCGAGGAGGACAGCUCUCUCAAGAGUGCUCUUGCCUCCCAACCCGGCUCCCUGCUCACCGGUCAGAAGAAGACGACUUCCUUUGCCGACCAUGUCUCCACCCGCAUGAUCAACGACGAUAACUCUGCUAUUGCCGACGACUCAGAGACCGACUACGUUGACGAGAGCGCCAUUGAUGAUGACGACGACUCUUCCGACUGGGAAGACUCCAUUGAGGACAGCAACAAGUCUAGCAUUGAUGAGAAGACCUUCUUCCAGCGCGUCGACUCCAAGGUCAACUUGACGUCGCGCCGUUCAUUGAUCACGCUCAUGAUGACUGAGCAGAACGACCGCUCCAGCAAGCUUGGCAACAUUGCUUCCCAGUCUACUUCGGCACUCCCUUGGUCGCGCACUAGCCACCCGGCUCCUCCUACCUUGGCCGUCUCCCCGAACGACUCUGAUGACGCCCCUCUCAUGAUGAAGCGCGGCAAUCGCUCUUCUCCUCUGAAGCCCAUCAACGAGGUGCCUCGCUCGGCUGCCCAGCCUAUCCAUGCCACAGCCAGCCACAGCCACCUCCAAGCUGCUCUUUCUCCCCGCACUACCCGGCGCAACAUGCUUGCGACUGAGUUGACCGAGUCUCUUCGCCGCAACCUUCUCUGGGAACGCCAGCAAAAGUCGUCUACUGCCAACGCUGUCCUCAAGAGACGCCACACCUCUCACGACGUCGCCAACCUGAAGCAGUACCCCGAGAAGGUGUGCCUCAAGAACGGAGACGCCCCGGUCAACCCCCAGUAUUUCUCCAAGGAUACUGACAACUUUGGAGGCUACCACUCCAAGGGAUGGUAA